AUUUAGGAACUCUUUAUCUUUCCAUCGUUUUGUUGACGAGAAUAGGGAAUAUUCUAAAUAGUUUCAAGGUCCAUGGAAUUAUAGCAUUUCUAGCGGUCUUCUUGUUGAAAACGAAAGGUAAUCUUCCGAUUGCAGCAUCAUCUUACAAAAACUAUCCUACGCAGCUGUUACUGCAGUCUACGCGCAAUCUAAAGGUAUACAUACUUACGCUGUUUUAUUCUUCAAGAUAUAUUCUCUUAGAUUUAACGGCAAACGUUCAAUAGAGUCAAUAUAAUAAUUAAAAGUAGAUCAUGUUCUACUUCUUAAUUUAGUUUUUAGACUUUUUCGCAAACUAACACCAUUCUUCGAUUUGUCUUUUUAUUUUAAUUUUGUGUGUGUGUGUGUGCGCGCGUGUGUGUGUGUGUUUUCUCAUUUGACGAAUAGAGGACAAAACGCGUCAUAAUUUGGAGAAUACGAAAAGCAGUGCGUGAAUUUGGAGCUUCGUAUGGUCGAUAGAUCGAUCGUUCGUCGAAAGAAUUCCAACGACUCAUCUGGUAUCAGCAACACCCGCUACGAUAAGCCAGGUUAUGAAACCGCCCACAUUUCGAAUCGUCCCUCCGCUCACUUUUCACUGUUCUUCCGCAAAUUAGUGUUCACCGUUCCUCUAACCGAAUAUUUCUCCGGCUUGAUCGUUAGAAGUUUGUUUCGUCAAGCUUUUCUCGAAGCACGUUACCGACGGAGAUCGCUAGUAAGAAAACGUCAAUAUCGACUAUUGAUUGAGAUGAGGAUAUUCAGUAAAUUGUUUCACCAUGGCAAGAAGAAGAAAAAACGGCAUGAUUUAAAAAAAAGUACACAAAGAAGAAGGAACUAUGUACCUCAAGAUAAUUUUCUUUUAGCUGGGAAUCAACAUGGAAGAGAGAGAAGAAGACGUAAGAACGGCGACAGAGCAUGGGAGGUUCAUCAUGUUACUGUUACCAGAGUUCCGGGUUACGGAUUCGGUAUUGCUGUUUCUGGUGGUCGGGAUAAUCCUCAUUUCACUAACGGCGAUCCUGCUAUCGCGAUUUCUGAUGUCUUGAAAGCUGGACCGGCCGAAGGAAAAUUGCAAGUAAAUGAUCGCAUAAUAUCUGCCAAUGGAAUAUCGUUAGAGGGCGCCGAUUAUGGAGCAGCAAUUCGUGUUCUCAGGGAUUCCGGAUCGACGGUUCUUUUAGUUGUUAAGCGUAGAGCUUCGUCGAAUACUUCUGGAAGUAUAGGAAAUUCCACUCUUCAGAGUCAUCGGUUGACUUUAACGAGAAAUAAUAAAAAAGAUGAUUUCGGGAUUGUUCUUGGGUGUCGUCUUUACGUGAAAGAAGUAACUCGAGAUAACACAGGGGUGAAACCGGGAGACGUUUUAACGCGAAUCGGCAGCGUGGCUACGGAUAACAUGACCUUAAAGGAAGCUAAGAAAUUGAUGGAUCAGUGCAAAGAUAGAUUGUCGAUCGUGGUAACUCGAGACAACUCCUGCUGUCACGUUCAACAACAGGCAAAGAGCGAAACUGGUGAAUAUGUUUCUGGUACGACGAGUUACAGUAGCCAGAACUUGUACGUUCCACCUCCAACGAGACAACCGAUAGAGGACAAGAGCAAUCUUGUUCCUAGAGGUCGUGCAAGAGGGCCAUUGAUGGAUGUAUCUCUCAGUCAAUUGGAUCUUCCUGCGACACCUACGGUAGACCCUCCCAGGCCACCGCCUCCUAGACCAGAAGAUUAUUACAGCACAAGGAGACAAUUGUACGAUGAAGAUCUAUCUAGGAACAAGCUUCCAAUGCCCGAUCCUCGAUUUAUUACUUUCCAAAAGGAGGGAUCAGUGGGCGUUAGAUUAAGUGGCGGAAACGAAACUGGCGUUUUCGUGACAGCCGUUCAAGCAGGAAGCCCGGCGUCUCUUCAGGGUUUACAACCUGGAGAUAAGAUUUUAAAAAUAAACGAUAUGGACAUGAAAGGAGUAACAAGAGAAGAGGCUGUCCUUUUCUUACUUAGCCUCCAAGAACAAAUUGAUUUGAUCGUUCAACACCGACGACAGGAAUACGAUCAAGUAGUAGCAUCUGGAAAGGGCGAUUCUUUUCACAUAAAAACUCAUUUCCAUUACGAACAACCGCAAAAAGGUGAAAUGAGUUUUCGUAGCGGAGAUGUGUUUCACGUUGUAGACACGCUGCACAACGGUGUUGUCGGCUCGUGGCAGGUGUUUCGUAUUGGUAGGAAUAAUCAGGAAGUACAAAAAGGAAUAAUUCCAAAUAAAGCACGAGCCGAAGAACUAGCAACGGCGCAAUUCAAUGCAACCAAGAAGGAAAUGAGUGCCAGUGAAAGCAGAGGUAGUUUCUUUAGGAGAAGACGAAGCAGUCAUAGACGUUCUAAAUCUCUUGGCAGAGAUCAUUGGGACGAUGUAGUAUUUUCAGACAGUGUUAGCAAAUUUCCAGCGUAUGAAAGAGUAAUCUUAAGGCACCCAGGAUUUGUCAGACCCGUAGUAUUAUUUGGUCCUGUCGCAGAUCUAGCUAGAGAAAAGUUGUUGAAAGACUUUCCUGAUAAAUUCACGUCUCCGCAAAUGGAAAAUCAGUUAGAUGAUAACAUUGGAAAGAAUACAAAGUCAUCGGGUAUCAUUCGACUUAGUGCUAUCAGAGAAGUGAUGGAUCGAGGAAAACAUGCUUUAUUGGACAUCACUCCAAACGCAGUGGAUCGAUUGAAUUAUGCGCAAUUCUAUCCUAUAGUCAUUUUUCUGAAAGCUGAAACGAAACAAAUUAUCAAGGAGAUGCGUGCCGGAAUUCCUAAAUCGGCGCAUAAAAGUAGUAAAAAGCUUCUGGAGCAGUGUCAAAAAUUAGAUAAAAUUUGGGGCCAUAUAUUCAGCGCGGUGAUUACAUUAACCACACCGGAAGCUUGGUAUCGAAAAUUAAGAGAACUGAUCGACCGACAACAACAAGGACUACUUUGGAUGAGUCAAACUAAGCCGGAAGAAGCACUCUCGGAUGACUUCCUAUUCCCGAUGACUUCUCGCCUCUCCUAUGCUUCCUCUCCGGAGAGUGACUUGGAACUUAGUCCGGCACCAGCUUUGCCGGGUGCUUUGGGUGCACCGUCUAGAUUGAAAAGCAGCUCCGAUCCAAGCAUCGCUACGCAAGACGACAUUGCUGCACCUCCUCCAUAUUCGACCACUUACCAGCAAUCCUUCGAACAACCAAAAAGAAGAUCACAAGGGGCAAUGGGAGAUGGAAAAUACGGAUUUUCAUUAUCAGGACAAGUUAGCAAUCAAUCAGGAUCACCAGAAUAUUUAGGUGGUUCAUUCGAGCCACGAUCUUCUUCUCAUCAUAGUCCUCCUGAUUUACCUCCAAGAGUGGAUCGUAAUGCAAAGCCGAGUAGUCAACAGCAAAGAAACACUAUCGGGAGGUCUGCACAAGAACGGUUGCUAAAUAAGACAGACUCGGUAUUGGACGUUGCAAAUUAUAUAAAUGCAACACCUCAUAAAGCUAAUGCCACAUCAUCUCUCGAAAGAGCCCAACCAAAAGCGGGAAGCUACGAUAGCAUGUCUUCUUAUGAUUCCUAUAAUAAUACAAAUGGAAAUACCAGUUAUGGAGUACCGGGUUUAAGUACGUCAACCGGUCGAUUGGGUCCCAAUGUCCCAGACGACUUAAAAAGCAGUGGUGGACCGGCAAGACCACACGAUCCUUACAGAUUCACUAGAUCAACUGCGCAACCAAUUCCAAAUCAUGAUUCCCAACCACGAACUGAUUAUGCCAAAUACAGCCGCACAACUGAUUACAAGUCGAUAACGUUACCGCAAAAUAAACCUGGAGGAUCCUACAAGCCAAUACCCCCUCCGAAACCAAAAAACUAUAGGCCACCACAAACGAGUUUGACUCAAACAGAAAAUAACGGAAAUGAAGUAAAUAAUACUCAUCAACAUUCAAAGAGUUAUUCCAUUGCUACUUCUCAUGUAGAAGGUAUCAAUAAUGUCCAACGAAAUAGUGGACAGUAUUAUUACAACAUACCACCACCAAAUCGACAUGAUUCAAAUCUCGGAAAUUCACAUCACAAUUUAAGUCACCUAUCUACGCCUGCGCACAAUCACAGUUUGAGUCAUACGCAUGCGCAUUGUAGCCCGCCAAUGUCGACUCAUAGUCAUAGUAAUAGUGCCAGUCAGUUAAGCCUCGGUCUUUCACAUAAUAGAAACAGUGUUAAUCACAACGGGUACGUCGUCAACAAUGGACACAAUGCACCUGGACAAAGUUUCCCAACGAGUCCAGGACAUAAUCGGGAACCGAGUGGACUAGAUCUCGCUGGAAGCAGGGAACAGAGAGGAAGCGCUUUUGAACUUUAUCGCAAACCUGUACACCAUUACAACGCGAGUUAACAAGUGCAAAGAUUUAUCAUUUUUUUAAUGAAAAAGAAAAGAUUAGAAUUAUUAGUCUUGUUAACUUGACAUUAAUGAUAGAGAACAUGAAUAUUUGUACGUCGUGAUGAACCUAUAAAUGACAACGAAUAUACAUAAUGAGAAAGAAGAUCUCACAGGAAGGAUUAAUAAAUAACUAGGAAAUUGAA